AACGUUCAAGCCGAGAGGAAGUGUGGUCUUGUUCUGUUACUGGAUACCUACCUGUAAACAUUAGUCUGAUCAGAGGACACCAGGUGGCGAAGUGGUUAGAGAUGUCGCCUUAUAUGUGGCCCAGCGUGCAGCACUAGUGUCCCGCAGCACCUGCCAGGGGUCAUCAUGUCCCGAAUGCCCAUGGGUAAGGUUUUACUACGAAAUGUGAUUCGACACACAGAUGCACACAAUAAGAUUCAGGAAGAGUCGGAGAUGUGGAAACUACGCGAUAUGGAGAAGCAGGCCCAGGAACACUCAAUUCAUGGAAGAACCUACGAUGCACACCUGGCCAGAGGAAGCAUGCACUGUGACCGAGUGCUGGAGGAGGGGCCAGUGUCUGCACGUGACCGGCUUGGACACGUCUCUGAGAGAGAAGAGCGGGAGGCACGCUACUGGACACGUAAACUAUAUGAAUUUGAGGCCAAUGAUCCUGACAGGUGGGGGCAUAGUGGUUUUAAGGAACUCUACCCUGAGGAAUUUCAGACAGAUGGAGAGAAAGAAUGCAGCGAUGAUGAGAAUGUGCAGCACCAAAAGAGAAAGGGCAAGGCCAGCCUGGAAUCGUCAGACAAACAUAAGCACUCCAAGAAGUCCUCCAGGAAGAAGAAGAAAAAAAAGAAGAAAAGGAAACGGGCUGGAGGGUCAGAAGUUGAUGGGAGCAGUAGUGAGGAGGAGGGCCACAAGCCCAAGCGGCGGAAACGAAGCAGCGGAAAGGCCAAGCAUAGGAGGAAGAAAAGAGAGAAGCAAAGAGAGAGGAAAGACAAUGGCAGCACUGCAGACAGUGACUCAGAGGAAGGCAAAGAGAAACAGAUCUGUAUACCCAGGAAACGAGCAAAGGAGGCUACAGGCAGCCCUGAGCCUGUCGGACAGCCGCAGAGGAAGCGGAGAAACUGGAAAGUGACUAAUGAGGAGAAGUCAGAGGACAGCUCUGAGGACUGACUACAGAGGCAUUCGUGCCAGUGAUGGCUCCUGCUUCUGUCAGUCUUCAAACCUGGAGAGCUGAAGUGCACCGCAGCAGUGCUGCUGGAGGAGCCAGAACGCCGGAGUUCGCACUCACUUCAUGUGUGUCUACUCGAUUAUGGUCAGAGGUUCAUGAGCUCCUCGUGUCUGGAAAUAAUUUCAAACCAGGUACAUGAAUACUGUUGAAGUAAACUGGUAUUCAUGGGUGCAAACUGCAAUAUCAGGAUUUUU